CUCAAGCAAUAAUUCAUGAUGACCAUUUCUAAGCCAACUAGGAAUUAUAAAACACAAACAUGAAUAGCAUCUUUUACAACUUCUCCAAUGGCCUUCAACUCAAUCUUCUUUCAUGGCUUCAUCUUCAUCUUCGUAACAUUUAUCUUAACCAUCAGCCAAAUUGACUGCGUUGACAACAAUACUACAAGACAAGAUAAAACUGCCCUCUUUGUGUUUGGCGAUUCAACAGUGGAUCCUGGGAAUAAUAACUACAUCAACACUACUCUUGACUUCCAAUCAAAUUGGUGGCCUUAUGGUGAAUCAUAUUUCAAGUACCCUACUGGUAGACCUUGUGAUGGUCGUCUCAUCUCUGAUUUUAUAGCGGAAUAUGCUAAGUUGCCACUCAUACCAUCUUAUUUUGAAAUUGAGAGGAAAGGAUUUGUUCAUGGAGUGAACUUUGCUUCAAGCAUAUGUGGAUGUUUAGUUGAAACCAACCAAGGUCUUUGUAUAGAUCUUAAAACGCAGUUGAGAUAUUUCAAGAAGGUGGUGAAAAAGUUGAAGAAGAAGCUGGGGGCAAAACAGUCCAAAAAACUCAUCUCAAAUGCUGUAUACAUGAUUAGCAUAGGAUCAAUUGAUUAUGGUCAACCUUUCCGCAAGAGUCCUAAUCAAUUUCCAUAUCCUAAGCAAGAAUUUGCAAAUAUGGUACUGGGAAAUUUAACAUCCGUUUUAAAGGAAGUUUACAAGAGAGGAGGGAGAAAAUUUGCCAUAUUUACGUCGGUUCCCUUAGGCUGUUUUCCAAGUGCUAGGGCUUUUGUCCUUCAGCAAAAUAAGACAGAUGACUGCUUUGAAGAACUGAAUGUGCUGCUGAAAUUGCACAAUUCAAUUCUUCCGACAAGACUCAAGCAAUUACAAAAGGAACUAAAAGGAUUUACGUAUACAUUGUUUGAUCUCUAUAAAGUAGUUGAUCAAAGGAUUAACAACCCUUCUAAAUAUGGUUUUGAAGAAUCAAAGAUGGCAUGUUGUGGUACAGGACCCUUUCGAGGAAUUAACAGUUGUGGGGGAAGAAGGAAAGUGAAAGACUACCAACUCUGCCAAAACCCUAAGGAUUAUGUAUUUUUUGAUUCUAGUCAUCCUUCAGAAUCUACCUACAAACAGUCUGCUGAACUAUUAUGGCAUGGAUCUCCUGAUGUCACUGCACCUCAUAGCUUAAAAUCUUUUUUCCAACUUUCUGGCUAGCUCGAUCGAAGCUAGAAAUAACUUCCUCUUCUCACGUUGUAUGUGUACAUCCUUUUUCUUUAAUUCAUCACAAAAUAACACUACUCCAUUUGGUCUAAAUAAAAUAAAAUGGGGACUACUCUUAUCAUAGUACCAAAAAAUCACAUAAAGUCGCUGUUACGACAUUCUUAAUUACAAUUUCCCCCUCUUUUACAUGUUAGUAUGGUUGGUACCCAUUGUAUUGUAUUGUAUUUUAUUAAUUACAUGUUACCCAUCCAUUCUUUAUA